UAGGAAUUCAAACUAAAAUUAUAAACAAAAUUCGUGUCCUUUCAGUUUUAUCCUGAUUUCUGUGAGAAAAUCACUAAAAAUAACCCAAAAUUGAGUUCUAAAGGACUCAUUGGAUCAUCAGUGUUUGGUUGGCAGUCUUCGAAGUUAGACGUGUUGUGCGAUAAGCAUUUACGAUAAAAAAAAAAAUCUUCAAAAAUAUGGUCGUGUCAAAAAUUUGUUGCAUUGGAGCUGGAUACGUUGGAGGUCCAACAAGUAGCGUUUUGGCUCUCAAAUGCCCCGAUAUCCAAAUGACUGUCGUCGAUCAGAGCAAAGAACGCAUCGAUCAAUGGAAUUCGGAGAAACUGCCAAUUUACGAGCCAGGACUUGACGAGGUAGUCAAACAAUGCCGAAAUCGGAAUCUUUUCUUCUCCACAGACAUCGAAACGGCCAUCACGGAAGCCGAUCUCAUCUUCAUCUCGGUAAAUACUCCCACUAAAACGACGGGCAACGGCAAAGGACGUGCCGCAGACUUGAAAUACGUCGAAGGUUGCGCGCGUCUCAUUGCAAAUAUCGCGCAAAGUAGCAAGAUUGUUGUUGAAAAGAGCACAGUGCCCGUACGUGCUGCCGAAAGUAUCAUGCAUAUACUGAAAGCCAACCAAAAACCGGGUAUUCGCUUUGACAUACUCUCAAAUCCGGAAUUCUUGGCUGAGGGCACGGCAAUUAAUGACCUUCUUAAACCGGAUCGUGUCUUAAUCGGCGGCGAAGAGUCGCCCGAAGGCAAAAAGGCUGUCGAAACGCUCAUUUGGAUCUACGAGCACUGGAUCCCCAAGGAAAAUAUUUACACAACGAACACUUGGAGCUCAGAAUUGUCAAAAUUAGCAGCAAAUGCCUUUUUAGCGCAACGUAUCUCCAGUAUUAACUCUCUUUCCGCCGUUUGUGAGAGCACGGGAGCCGAUGUUAGUGAAGUUGCUCAUGCAAUAGGGCUCGAUUCGCGCAUCGGAUCAAAGUUUUUGCAGGCUUCUGUGGGUUUUGGAGGCAGUUGCUUCCAAAAAGACAUCUUGAACCUCGUCUACAUUUGUCAAAACCUAAAUUUACCUGAGGUAGCAGCUUACUGGCAACAAGUCAUCGAUAUGAAUGAAUAUCAGAAAAAUCGGUUUUCGCAAAAAAUUAUCGAAUGUCUCUUCAAUACGGUCACUGAUAAGAGGAUAGCAGUUUUGGGAUUCGCAUUUAAGAAAAAUACGGGCGACACGAGAGAAACGCCAGCAAUUACGGUGUGUCGAACGUUGCUGGAUGAAGGUGCCACGCUGAACAUUUACGAUCCGAAAGUCGAACCGAAGCAGGUGAUGCGCGAUUUGACAUCCGCUCACGUUACGGAUAAGCCAGAGCACGUCAAGCAAGUUGUUCAAAUAUUCGAUGAUCCGUAUGAAGCGGUACGAGACACGCAUGCAAUUGUUGUUUGCACAGAAUGGGAUGAAUUUGUUAAUUACGACUAUCACCGCAUCUACGAAGGAAUGAUGAAACCUGCUUACAUCUUCGACGGUCGAAAAAUUUUGGAUCAUGAAGCAUUACAAAAAAUCGGUUUCCACGUUCAAACAAUAGGAAAACGCCUGGCACGCUCUUCAAGUUUCAUGUUGCGUUCCUGGGGCAGCAUUCCACAACUAUAAAACUU